CGGUCUUCGCGCGGCAGUUGCUCCUGGGCGGCAGCGCGGGAUGGAGGCGUCCGGGACGGUGCGGACGGGGGACGCUCUGCGGGCGGCGGCGAUGGGGCGCUGCGGCCGGUCGUUUCUGUGGCUGCUGCUCCUGUGUCUCGGCAGCCCCGCGGCCACGCUGGCCGGCUACAUCGAGGCCCUGGCAGCCAACGGUGGCAUCGGGUUUGCUGUGGCCGAGCCUCAGAUCGCCAUGUUUUGUGGAAAGCUGAACAUGCACGUGAAUAUCCAGACUGGGAAGUGGGAGACCGAUCCUUCCGGGACAAAAAGCUGCUUUGGAAGGAAGGAAGAGAUUCUGCAGUACUGCCAAGAGAUCUAUCCGGACCUCCAGAUCACCAAUGUGGUUGAAGCUAAUGAGCCAGUCAACAUUAAAAAUUGGUGUAAGAAGGGGAAGAAACAGUGCAAGGGCCAUACCUAUAUUGUGGUACCCUUCAAAUGUCUUGUGGGCGAGUUUGUCAGUGAUGUCCUUUUGGUUCCUGAAAAAUGCCGCUUUUUCCACCGGGAGCGGAUGGACGUGUGCAAAAGUCACCAAUAUUGGCACACUGUAGCAAAAGAGGCCUGCUUAACCGAGGGUAUGAUCUUGCACAGUUAUGGGAUGUUGCUGCCUUGUGGUGUAGACCAGUUCCACGGUACAGAAUACGUCUGUUGCCCUCAGGCCAAAAUUGUAGAUGAAGCGCUCUCUAAAGAGGAGGAGGAAGAUGAGGAAGAUGAGGAGGAGGAAGACGACAACGAUGGCAACAAAAGUGAACUGCCCACUGAAGCAGAUGCAGAUGACUUCACGGUAGGAGUCAUGGAGUUGAAUGACGACGAUGAGGAAGAACAAGAAGAAAACGAAGAAGAAGUGGUAGUAGACCAGGAUUAUUAUUAUGAUAGCUACAAAGACUACAACGAAGAGCCUCCUUCCCCAUCAAGCAAGGAAAGAACGUUCUCCGAUAAGGAAAUCAUGAACGAUGUGAAAGCUGUCUGCUCCCAGGAGGCGAUGACAGGUCCCUGCCGGGCCGUGAUGCCUCGUUGGUACUUCGACAUGUACAAGAAAAAGUGCAUUCGCUUUAUAUACGGAGGCUGCGGAGGCAACCGAAACAAUUUUGAGUCAGAGGAAUAUUGUAUGGCUGUGUGUAAAAAGAUGAUUCCUCCAACGCCUCUGCCUACCGAUGACGUCGACGUCUACUUCGAAACACCCGCCGAUGACAACGAACACGCCCGUUUCCAGAAAGCCAAAGAACAGCUGGAGAUUCGACAUCGUAACCGCAUGGAUCGGGUGAAGAAGGAAUGGGAAGAAGCAGAGAUCCAAGCCAAGAACCUGCCAAAGGCAGAGAGGCAGGCUCUGAUGCAGAGAUUCCAGACAAUGGCCAAGUCCCUUGAGAAGGAAGCAGCUAGCGAAAAACAGCAACUUGUGGAAACUCACCUGGCCCGCGUAGAAGCUAUGUUGGAUGAGCGCCAUCGGGUUGCCCUGGAAAACUACCUUGUAGCUCUGCAGUCCGACCCCCCACGGCCCCACCGUAUCCUCCAAGCCUUGAAACGGUACAUCCGUGCUGAGAACAAAGACAGGCUCCACACAAUCCAUCACUACCAGCAUGUUUUGGCUGUGGAUCCGGAAAAGGCCGCUCAGAUGAAAUCACAGGUGAUGACACACCUCCGUGUAAUAGAGGAGAGGAUGAAUCAAAGUUUGUCCCUGCUGUACAAAGUGCCAUACGUGGCCGAAGAAAUCCAGAGUGAGAUUGAUGAGCUCCUUCAAGAACAGCGAACCGAUAUGGACCAGUUUACUUCUUCCAUUUCUGAAUCCCCGGUGGAUGUGCACGUGAGCUCCGAAGAAAGCGAAGAAUCUCCCCUCUUUGAUGGUAAACCUUUCCGUCCAUUCCAGGUGAAAACUUUCCCAGCUGCUUCCAAAAGUGAAGAUUCUCAGCCGGAAUUGUACCAUCCAGUGAAAAAAGGGUCUGGCCUGGUGGAUCUGGACGGGCUGAUCGGAGCAGAAGAAAAAGUGAUUAACAGCAAGAGCAAACUGGAUGAGAACGUGGUGAUUGAUGAGACGCUCGAUGUGAAGGAACUGAUUUUCAAUCCUGAACGAGUUGGUGGGCUGGUGGAUGACAUUCCGAAAACUGACCGUUCUAUGCGCGAUGACUUCAGCUUCAGCAGCAGCGCUCUCAUCGGCCUUCUGGUGAUAGCAGUUGCCAUAGCUACGGUUAUAGUCAUAAGCUUGGUGAUGCUGAGGAAGAGGCAGUAUGGAACCAUCAGCCAUGGGAUUGUAGAGGUUGACCCAAUGUUAACUCCAGAAGAAAGGCAUCUGAACAAGAUGCAGAACCAUGGCUAUGAGAACCCAACAUACAAAUAUCUGGAGCAGAUGCAGAUUUAAAGGGUUUUGAAACGGUUGCAUCCCUGACCAGCAGAUGUUUAGGGGAGAAAGGGCCAAAAUAGUCCAUUGUUUUGGAUCAACUACUGACCAACUGUUGUUUGAAGAGGACUUCACCUUACAUUCAGAGUUCCUGGGUCAUUUAAGACUUAAAUUACUACUGUAGAAUUUCAAUUUCCAUUCUUUUAAACGGGCGAGGAAAUGGUAAUAUAACAAUAUAUGAUAUAUAAAGCAUAAAUGGGAAAAUGGAUCUAUGGCAGAUAUUUGAGAUGUAAUUUUUUUCCUUUUUUAAGAAACCUAAUCUAAUGAGAAAUCCCAAUGCUGUUGUAUUGUCUAAUAACAAGCUCUCAGUAUACAGGAGAAACAAUUGUUUUAUUUCUGAUUCUCUGCUUGCAUAUUCCAGGGUAAUUUGUACCAACCACAUUGUAUAAAGAAAUAAUUUAGUGGCUCUUCGGUCAUUCUGGCUUGCAGGGUUGCAAAAUUCCUUCCUUCCUUCCUUCCUUCCUUCCUUCCUUCCUUCCUUCCUUCCUUCCUUCCUUCCUUCCUUCCUUCCUUCCUACCUACCUACCUACCUACCUACCUACCUACCUACUUACCUACCUACCUACCUACCUACCUAC